ACCUUCCUCUGAGUCCUUCAUGGAACGUGAAUAGAUCGCGAUUUGGAGAACGGGUUUGAGGAUUUGCAGAACAGUUUGAGAAAUUGCGAGAGAGAGAGAGAGAGAGAGAGAGAGAUGGGGAUGGAGGAUGAUGAUAUUCCGUUGGACGACAAGGCGAAGAGAAUGAGAGAUCUGUUAUCGAGUUUUUAUUCCACGGAUCCUCCUCAUUCAAUGCCCGCCAACACUUCUUCCAAAUACGCCACCCUCGACACCAUCAACACCACUUCUUUCGAUGCCCACCAGUACAUGAAUCUCCUCGUACAAAAGUCAAAUUUAGAAAGUUUGCUUCAGAGACAUGUUGAGAUGGCUGCUGAGAUUAAAAAUCUCGAUACUGACUUACAAAUGUUAGUUUAUGAAAACUACAACAAAUUUAUUAGUGCCACAGAUACAAUAAAAAGGAUGAAAAAUAAUGUUGUGGGCAUGGAGUCAAACAUGGAACAACUUCUCGAAAAGAUAAUGUCUGUACAAUCUCGAAGUGAUGGGGUCAACACUUCUCUUUUUGAAAAGAGAGAGCAUAUAGAGAAAUUGCAUCGAACACGUAAUCUUUUGCGCAAAGUUCAGUUCAUAUAUGAUCUACCUUCUAGACUUGGAAAGUGUAUAAAAUCAGAAGCUUAUGCUGAUGCAGUCAGGUUUUAUACUGGAGCCAUGCCGAUUUUAAAGGCAUAUGGAGACUCAUCUUUCCAGGACUGUAAGAGAGCAUCUGAAGAAGCAGUGGCUGUUAUUAUAAAGAACUUGCAGGGAAAGCUAUUCUCAGAUUCUGAAUCUAUACAUGCAAGAGCUGAGGCUGCAAUGCUUCUUAAGCAGUUGAAUUUCCCGGUUGACAGCUUGAAGGUAAAACUCCUUGAAAAGUUAGAGCAAUUCAUCGACAAUCUUCAACUCGAAUCUACAGAAAUAAGCAAUGCUGUAGUGGGUCUUGACGAACCUCCUAAACAAGGAAAUAUUGCCGAGUCAGUUCCUUCUUCUCAUGAGGCUUCAACUUACGAAUUUGUUGAAGCUGUGCGUGCUUAUCGAGUAAUAUUCCCUGAUUCGGAGCAGCAACUAAUCAAACUUGCACAUGACCUAGUUACCAAGCACUUUGAAGCCAUUCAACAACAAAUCAAGAGACAGAUUUGUUCAACAGAUCUAUUGGGAAUGCUUCGGGUAAUUUGGACCAAUGUGCUCUUGAUGGAUGAAGUGUUGCCUGAUGUUGCUCUUUCUGAUUUUUCUUUAGAGGCUUCCCGUCUUGCUGUCAAACAUUAUAUUGAUAGCACAUUUUCUCAUCUGCUACUUGAUAUCUCAGAUGCUCUUACAAGACCGAAGGAGGGAACAGAAGAAGAAUAUUAUUUGCAGUCUGCUCUUGAUGCCAGCAAAAAAGCAGUAACUGAAGGCAGCAUGGACGUCCUACAGGACUUCUGUCGACUUCUUGAUAACGACCUUGGACUUCUGGUAAAGUUGAGAGAAUUAAUCAUUGACUGGGUACAAGAAGGAUUUCAAGACUUCUUCAGAAAACUUGAUGAUCGCUUCCUCUUGCUCUCUGGAAAGACUAACUUAACUAGUCAAGAUCAAGGUUUGACGGAGGAAACACAGAAAGUCAAAGUUCUUUCUGGGCUUAUUCUUGUGAUGGCUCAACUUUCUGUUUUCAUCGAACAAAAUGCCAUUCCAAGAAUCACUGAGGAACUAGCUGCCUCUUUUUCUGGUGGUGGUGUUCGAGGCUAUGAAUAUGGACUUGCUUUUGUUCCUGCAGAAAUUUGUCGCAUAUUUCGGUCAGCUGGUGAAAAGUUUUUGCACCUUUAUAUCAAUAUGAGAGCUCAAAAAAUAUCAAUUCUUUUGAGGAAGAGGUUUACGACACCAAAUUGGGUCAAGCACAAGGAACCGAGAGAAGUUCAUAUGUUCGUUGAUUUAUUUCUUCAAGAGUUGGAAGCAAUAGGAACUGAAGUGAAGCAAAUUUUGCCUCAAGGGCUUCAUCGUAAACAUAGUCGAACUGACAGCAAUGGAAGCACCAUUUCUUCACGCAGCAAUCCAUUACGGGAUGAUAAAAUGAGCCGGUCAAGUGCCCAAAGGGCUAGGAGCCAGCUUCUGGAAACACAUCUAGCAAAAUUGUUCAAGCAAAAAAUGGAAAUUUUCACAAAAAUUGAACACACACAGGAAUCGGUGGUAACAACCAUUGUCAAACUUUGCUUGAAGAGUUUGCAAGAGUUUGUUCGACUCCAGACAUUUAACAGGAGUGGAUUCCAGCAAAUUCAGUUGGACAUUCAGUUCCUGAGGACUACUUUAAAAGAAACUGUUGAAGAUGAAGCUGCCAUUGAUUUCCUAUUUGAUGAGGUGGUUGUUGCUGCUGCAGAACGCUGUCUUGAUCCAAUUCCCUUGGAACCACCCAUCCUGGACAAGCUUAUACAAGCGAAGUUGACAAAGACCUCAGUGCAAAGCCCAACCUCUUCAUCACCACAUGGAAUAACAAGUCAGUGAUGCGAAUGCCCCGUGCUACUAUAGAAGGCGAUGACACAUCUGCAGCGGUUAUGUUUGAAUUUUGAUGAUCGAAAUCUGACCUAUGAGCACCUGAAGUUAAUGAUCAGGUCUUGAAAGUUAUACGGACAAGUUUCAGCUUGAAUUUAAUUGUUUUCGGUGCGCGUUCAAAGCUUGAUUUUUAGUAAGUUUUAUGGAUAUUACGGCCUCGUUUGGGAAGUGGCUAUUUUAGUAGGCUAUUUGACUUUUUGGCUAUUUUAGUAGGCUAUUUUAGUUUUUGUGUUUGGGAAGAUGAGAUGGAUUUUAUUUGAGUUGUUGUAUUGAAAAAUG